UGGCUUAGCCUGGGAGAAUCCUGGUGGUCAACCCCAUGGAGGUCAUCUGUGGUCAUUAUUGGCUAAUUGCUUUGCUAAUUGCUGCCCAGAGCCAUGUGGGGCGGACCCCUGGAAGGCUGCAGGCUGUGGAUGGGGAGCUGAAGAGAAGAGGCCAGGCCUGUGGGAGCACUUACCUUUUGUCCAUUUCUUAUCCUGGGCUUCCAAAUAAGGCAUCCCCUGAAGAAAGUGCCCUUGCUAGAAAAGCUAGAAAAUCAGCUUUCGGGUUUUUGGCAGUAAAAAGUUACUGCCAUCCAGGACUUAGUAUAAGGUUCAAAUACCCAUUCUAGUCCCUCCCAGCUAAUAGCUCUUGAGUUCACCAAGCCUCAAGUUUCCCUUCUGUGAAAUGGGAUAAUGAUGGUUCCUAUUUCAAAGAACAUAGUGAGGAUAAAUGCAGUCCCUGACUCAGCAAGUGUUAUGGUGGAAGUUAGCUAUUGUUAUUUUACAAGUGAGGAAACAGGCCCAGAGAUUGCAAGUGACUUCCCCAAGUCAUGUAUCUCAUGGGAAAUAGGAGGAUCAGUGUGAUCCUCAUGGUGAGAUAGGACAUAUGGGGUCUCUUCUUCACACCCCAAGCACUCCCCACUCCCCAUACCCCCCAGACAGUUUCUUUGUUACCCAGGGUGACCUUCCCUGCGUGAGCCUAAGCUUUGCAGCAAAGAUUCUUGGUAGGCAACGAUGGCUGCUGCUGCUGACUUUCUCUUCUAAGCCUCUGCCCAGAGACUGAACGCACACAAAGUUUCUGCGGCCAGAUAGCUAAAAGGAGGACAGGCACAUCUAAGAGAAAUUGGGGAAGGUUGACAUAAAUGGGACAGCUUUCCUGAUUGUACAGAAGUUUAACUCAUCUACUGCCAUGUAUUUCUUGGGCUCAGCUCAGCUGACUCAAGCCCCUGGGUACCAGACAUUUCAGUUUCCACUUUUACUGAGGGGUAAAAUGAGGUUCCAUAGGAAGCAGCUCUCCAGAACCCUGUUUAAAGCCCCCAAGGGUCCGUUUGCUGCUGGGAAACCAGCCCUUAUCUGGGUCCAUCUUCCCACAGGCUCCUUGCUAACAGCACUGAAAGGCAGGGUCAGAACUGAGACACUGUGAUGCCGUCUUGGUUCUCUCCACCCGUCAAGCCCAGCUUCCUGGGUCCAGUCUCUUUUUCUUUGGGUUGGCUGCAGGGACCAGCGCAUCAGCCAGGAUGUGGAACGAUUCUGCCGGCAGCUCAGCAGCAUGGCCAGCAAGCUGAUCAUCUCCCCGUUCACCCUCGGCUACUACACUUAUCAGUGCUUCCAAAGGCUGGCUGGGGCCUGUGAGCAUCUUUGGGUAUUUCAUCCUGGGGACCAUGGUGAACAGAAUUUUGAUGGGCCCCAUUGUGGCAAAGCUGGUGCAGCAGGAGAAACUGGAGGGCGAUUUCAGGUUCAAGCACAUGCAGAUCCGGGUGAAUGCUGAGCCUGCUGCUUUCUACAGAGCUGGGCACGUGGAGCACAUGAGGACGGACCGCAGGCUGCAGAGGCUCCUCCAGACCCAGAGGGAGCUCAUGUCCAAGGAGCUCUGGCUGUACAUUGGUGUCAACAUGUUUGACUAUUUGGGCAGCAUCCUGAGUUACGUGGUGAUUGCAAUCCCCAUUUUCAGUGGGGUCUAUGGAGACCUGAGCCCCACCGAGCUUAGCACCCUGGUCAGCAAGAAUGCCUUUGUGUGCAUUUACCUCAUCAGCUGCUUCAGCCGACUCAUCGACCUCUCCACAACGCUUUCGGAUGUGGCUGGUUAUACACACAGGAUUGGGGAGCUGCAGGAGACCCUGCUGGACAUGUCCCUGAAGUCUCAGGACUAUGAGAUCCUGGACGAGAGCGAGUGGGACUUGGACAGGGCCCCGCGGCGGCCUGCAGAGCCUGCAGACACAGCUUUUCUCCUUGAGCGGGUCUCCAUCUCAACCCCCUCCUCUGCCAAGCCCCUCAUCAAGGAGCUGAGCCUGAAGAUCUGCAAGGGGCACAGCCUGCUCAUCACGGGCAACACGGGCACCGGCAAGACCUCCUUGCUCCGGGUUCUGGGCGGCCUGUGGGCGAGCACACAGGGCUCAGUGCAGAUGCUGACCGACUUCGGGCCCCACGGGGUGCUGUUCCUGCCCCAAAAGCCGUUCUUCACUGACGGGACCCUUCGGGAGCAGGUGAUUUAUCCCCUGAAGGAGAUCUACCCGGACUCAGGUUCUGCUGAUGACGAGAGGAUCAUGAGGUUCUUGGAAUUGGCAGGUCUGUCCAGCUUGGUGACAAGGACAGGGGGUCUGGACCAGCAGAUUGAUUGGAACUGGUAUGAUGUUCUGUCCCCAGGGGAGAUGCAGAGGCUCUCCUUUGCCCGUCUCUUCUACCUGCAGCCGAAGUACGCAGUGCUUGAUGAAGCCACAAGUGCACUGACAGAAGAAGUGGAGAGCGAGCUCUACCACAUCUGCCAGCAGCUGGGGAUGACGUUCGUCAGCGUGGGACAUCGGCGUAGCCUCGAGAAGUUUCAUUCCUUGGUUCUGAAACUCUGUGGAGGAGGAAGAUGGGAACUGACUAGAAUUGAAGUGGAAUGAAGCCAAGGACGAGGAUGCCCACCAGGGGAGCCACGCUCCGGGCAGACCGGCAGUUCCCAGGAGAAACCAGGAGGACUGAGUGGGCCGGGAUGAGCUCCAGCUUGGCUUCACAGGGUCCUGCGUGGACAGCAGAGGGCUCAGCCCGGGAGUGGGCCUCCCUGGGGACACUCCAUCCUCAACAUGCCGACUCCUGCCGCCUCAUACACCUGAAAUGCUGAUGACUCACAGGUUCCUUCAGAUCACGUUUUCUAAAGAAAUGAGGGGUAAAAGUGGAAAGAGUAUUGGACUUGGAGUCAAGAGAUCCAAGAAUCUCUUACACUCAAAUCAGUGAAAUUUUGCAACAGAGAUUUUUAACUUUAUUAACUGACCAUUUAAAUUUUAUAACUUUUUAAAAAAGACAAGUUAAAAAUUAAAAAACAAAAAAAAAAAAAUUCAGCUUCUCUCUUCUCUGUCUCCUCUAUAUAGAAUAAUCGUUUUUUAUUGAAUCUCCAGGCUUGUAGUUGAGUCUGGAGGGGAGGGAGCAGCACUUGCCACUGUCCUGCAAUCUUCUGCUCAUGGUUUUCCACUUCGCUCCACGUCUUUCCCUUCCCGUGUGUCAGUUGGAGUGCCUGCACCACUAACCCUCUGGUUUCCUUGUCUUAACCCAGAUGAAAAUAAAUCCCUUCCCCUUGGUUAACUAAAAUAAGUCUGGGAUUUUCCCGACGUAAUCUGUACUAGAGAACAGCAAAAACAGCAAGCUGAACAAACAAAACCUAGAAAGCACAAAAGCACGGGAUGAAAAGUUGUAGAGCCCAGAGGGGUUAAUCUGGAAGUGUUCUCCAUACCAACUUCAUCAGAAAUGUGUACUGUUUAUACUAUCGAUUAUUUACUGUUUCCCUUAAAUCAACUCACUUUCUAAAUUUAAUUGUAUUUUUAGAAGUAAUUUACACUUGCCAUAAAUAGAAAGUAACUGUAAAAAGAAAUACAAUGAAAGCCAAACAGUGUUAUUAAAUUGUAACUAGGCACUGUUGCCUCCAAGGGCUCUGAGCCUGAUUGAGGCCUGCUGUUUUGUUUUGUUUUGUUUUGUUUUCUCUUAUACCACUCUAUAAAUUUAUUAGCACCUUGCAUAAGUGGUAUAUUUGUUGCCAUUGCCAAAAUAACAUUUUUAUAAAAAAGGAGGUUAAAUGUGUUAGAGAAGAGUUAAAGACAUAUUAGCACUGAGAUUUCUCUCCUUAAUAAAAUUGAAAAGAUGGAACAAGAAUUGCAAGGAAAAUAACUUUCUCACUGUAAAAUCUCAGAUUAUUCAAUGAUUCAUUGGUACCACCUAACACCAUCACAGGUGUGGGGGUGAGAGUUCCAAACUUGGGGAGAUGCCUCACCUGGCUUGGCUACCAUGUAGGCCUCGAGACCUGCUGUGGUGGAUUGAACCGCGUACCCCAGUUUGGACACAUGUCUUGGUUUUGGUCCGUCUUCUGGUAGGUGUGGACCCAUGUAAAUAAGAUCACUUCAGGAUGUCACUUCAGUUAAGGUGAGGACCCACUGAAUCAGGUUGAACUUUAAUCCGGGUUACUGGAGUCCUUUGUAAGCAGAAUGAAAUUCAGACAGAAAAAA